GGCAAGAUUAAGGACACAAACAUGUGCUCCUCCUCUAUUACAAACUCGAAGACGGAAAGUGUUUAGUUUUCAUUCUCGUAUUGAAUCAACCAUGUCGACUUCUGCUGGUCUUGUGAUUCCGUGCAAAGCUGCGGUCGCAUGGGAAGCAGGGAAGCCGUUGGUUAUAGAGCAAGUGGAGGUUGCUCCACCACAGGCCAUGGAAGUAAGGAUCAAAAUCAAAUACACCUCACUUUGUCGCACUGAUCUCCACUUCUGGGAAGCCAAGGGCAACACACAAUUGUUUCCUCGAAUAUUUGGCCAUGAAGCAGCUGGAAUUGUAGAAAGUGUUGGGGAAGGAGUAAAAGACCUUGAUGUAGGGGAUCAUGUGCUUCCAGUAUUUACAGGGGAAUGUGGAGAAUGUGGGCACUGCAAGUCUGAAGAAAGCAACAUGUGUGACCUUUUAAGAAUAAAUGCGACCAGAGGAGUAAUGCUUGCUGAUGGAAAUUCAAGGUUUUCCCUCAAGGGGAAGCCGAUAAAUCACUUUCUUGGCACCUCUACCUUUAGCGAGUACACGGUUGUCCAUUCAGGGUGUGUUGUGAAGAUCAAUCCAUUAGCACCUCUGGAUAAAGUAUGCAUCCUCAGUUGUGGCAUUUCAACAGGAUUGGGUUCAAUUUUUAAUGUGGCAAAACCUAAAAAAGGUUCUUCAGUUGCUGUCUUUGGAUUAGGGGCUGUUGGUUUAGCUGCUGCCGAAGGGGCAAGAAUUGCUGGAGCAUCAAGGAUUAUUGGGGUGGAUAGGAGCUCCAAGAGGUUUGAUGAAGCCAAGAAGUUUGGGGUAAAUGAAUUUCUUAACCUUAAGGAACAUGACAGACCCAUUCAAGAGGUUAUUGCAGAAAUAACAAAUGGUGGAGUUGACAGGAGCAUAGAGUGCACGGGCAAUAUUGAUAACAUGAUCUCAGCUUUUGAGUGUGUUCAUGACGGAUGGGGUGUGGCGGUACUCGUCGGAGUACCAAAUAAGGAUGCAGUCUUUAUGACGAAGCCCAUCAAUGUCCUUAAUGAAAGGACGCUAAAAGGAACUUUCUUUGGCAACUACAAACCCAGGAGUGACCUCCCCUCUGUUGUUGAUAUGUACAUGAACAAGAAAUUGGAACUGGAGAAGUUUAUAACCCAUCAUGUCCCUUUCUCAGAAAUCAAUACGGCCUUUGAGCUCAUGUUGAAGGGGCAGGGUUUGAGGUGCAUUAUCAACAUGGAAGCCUAAGUUCUAGAAGAAGAAUAAUUAAUAGUUCGCAUUUAUCAAACUUCUGUUGUGUAGGUAAUUAAUGUUAACUGUUAUGUAUGUUUCUACAUCGGUGUUAAACUGAGUGUCUUAUAUUUUAUGACACAAGUUCAGCAAUGGGAUAGCCCUAUUUGCUAUUCUCUUCCCAAUAAUUU